AUGGACUCACUGCAAAUGGCCCACCCGGGCCCUCGGAAGAAGAGACCCAGGCAGAUGGGUGCCUCGAUGGCUUCUCCUCCUCAGGACAUCAAGUUCCGAGAUUUGGUCCUCUUCAUUCUGGAGAAGAAAAUGGGAACCACCCGCAGAGCCUUCCUCAUGGAGCUGGCUCGAAGGAAAGGAUUCAGGGUGGAGAAUGAGCUCAGUGAUUCUGUCACCCACAUUGUGGCAGAAAACAACUCAGGCUCCGAUGUCCUGGAGUGGCUGCAGGUGCAGAAGGUAAGAGCCAGCUCACAGCCAGAACUUCUCGACGUCUCCUGGCUGAUAGAAUGUAUGAGCGCAGGAAAGCCAGUGGCGACGACAGGACAACACCAGCUCGUCGUGAGAAGAGACUAUUCGGGUGGCCCCAACCCAGAGCCCCGGGAGACUCCACCACUUGCUGGAAGAAAGAUCUCUCCGUACGCGUGUCAGAGGAGAACCACUUUAAACAACCGUAACCACAUAUUCACGGAUGCCUUUGAGGUCCUGGCUGAAAAUUGUGAGUUUAGAGAAAACGAAGGCUCCUAUCUGGCAUUCAUGAGAGCGGCUUCUGUACUUAAGUCGCUGCCAUUCACCAUUGUCAGUAUGAAGGACACAGAAGGAAUUCCCUGCUUGGGGGACAGAGUGAAGAGUAUCAUAGAGGAAAUUAUUGAAGAUGGAGAAAGUUCUGAAGUUAAAGCUGUGUUAAAUGAUGAGCGAUAUCAGUCCUUCAAACUCUUUACUUCCGUCUUCGGGGUGGGACUGAAGACAUCUGAGAAAUGGUUCCGGAUGGGUUUCAGGACCCUGAGUAAAAUAAGGUCAGACAAAACCCUCAAGUUCACACGAAUGCAGAAAGCAGGAUUCCUCUAUUAUGAAGACCUGGUCAGCUGUGUGACCCAGGCCGAAGCGGAGGCUGUGGGCGUGCUGGUUAAAGAGGCCGUCUGGGCAUUUCUCCCCGAUGCCUUCGUCACCGUGACAGGAGGGUUCCGGAGGUAAAUACGAGGGCUUCCCCGGCUCUAACGCCGUCAGUGGCUCCCUGGGCUUCUGAACCUGGCACGAAAGGGAUUACUUUUAUACUAUGACCUUGUAGAAUCAACAUUUGAAAAGUUCAAGUUGCCUAGCAGGAAGGUGGAUGCUUUAGAUCACUUCCAAAAGUGCUUCCUGAUUUUAAAAUUGCACCAUCAGAGAGUAGACGGUGGCAAGUCCAGCCAGCAGGAAGGAAAAACCUGGAAGGCCAUCCGUGUGGACCUGGUCAUGUGCCCCUACGAGCGCCGGGCCUUCGCUCUGCUGGGCUGGACCGGCUCCCGGCAAUUUGAGAGAGACCUCCGGCGCUAUGCCACACACGAGCGGAAGAUGAUGCUGGAUAACCAUGCUCUGUACGACAAGACCAAGAGGAUAUUUCUCGAAGCAGAAAGUGAAGAAGACAUUUUUGCACACCUGGGACUGGAGUACAUUGAUCCAUGGGAAAGAAAUGCCUAGAAAAUUUUGUUGACUUUUUUUAAAAAAAAGCUUCAGGUUAAAUAAAUAUGCUUCAUAUUAUAGUUAACGAUGCCUUAGGAUAAGUUGGGGGGUUUUUAAGUCUCACUGAAAUGCAGAUUGUUUCCAGCAGUAACUAGUUUUGGAAACAUGACAAGGCAUCACCUGGUAACGGGCUAUGCUCUAAUAGGCCAUUUGUACGACCGUUGCUUAGAAUUCACAAUGCAUUUUGCCAUAGAAACAGUGUUGUCGUUGGUGGCUCCUUUCCAGGCUCCUCAUCAAAGCCCACUUCCCCACAGUGUAGCCGAAAUACUGUCUAUUUCCAAUAAAAAUAGGAGGACACAAGAUGAUUGAAUCUUCUUCCUUUUUUUCACUCAACUAUUAGAAAAUACUGUAAAACAAAAACAAAAAAAUGAAAGAAUAAAGAGUUUAAGGCUGAUCACCAGGGGAGAAACAGGUUUCAUUCGGCCAGACAUUCCGAGGCCGGAAUCAUGGAGCGAGGAGGCCUGGAAGGCAAUGUCAGAGAGAAUGGCUGAUCGGCACAACAGUAAGAGGGCUGCCCCCCGGAGGGGAAGAUGGGCAUUACAGACUGUGGGGCAGGAGGCCAGGGAGCCUUCUCAGAGGAGGAGGGAUCCUAGUAGGCUUGAAGUAAUGGGAGGAUUUGGAGCCACACCGUUUUGUGCUCUAUAACGGAAUUUCAUCAAUUAGGGUGGUGACUAGUUUGUGGAAUUCAGACGUCCUCAGUGCCUUUGGCUUUGGGGCAGCGCGCCCUCUGGUGGUGAACUGAAGACCCUUUGAAGGCAAGCACAACAUGAUCAUGGGCUGCACCCUGUGGAGGACUGAUCAUCUCCAUCACCAGCUGGCAGAGAGAGUGCCAGCACCAGGAGCACCCCUGGGAUAGUCUUAAUUCCAACCCCAGGGCCAAUGUCGUAUACUUUAAUAUAGGUGGAGAAAAACCACAGAUGUGUCACAGGUCCAUAAGAAGGACUGUUUCAUUUAUUCCACAACUAGAGGCCCGGUGCAUGAAUUCAUGCAUGGGUGGGGUCUGGCUGGACUGCCCUGAUCGGGGCCAAUCAGGCUGGGUCAGCCGACAGGAGG